CCAAAGCAACCAAAGCUGGCUCUGUUCACCACCUAGACCAAGUUCGGAAUCGCCAAGAUCUAUCGGCCUGAAUGCCGGUCGGAGCGAUGCCGUAUGCCGACCGAUUGCCUUCCAUUGGCGCGCAUCUACCGGCACUCACUAGGCUUGGCGUUGCGAACCUGCAGCACUGGGGGUCGUCUUUGGUGGAGAACCAGCCUGGAUGUUGGGCGGAUGCCCCGUAGGCCAGCGAACUUGACCAACCAAUCGCCGUGGCGCCCGACCUUGAGUAGCUUGUCGGCCCGUAGCCUGCAACCCAACUCUGGUUCGGUGGGGGUUGGGGGUUCUCGUGGAAGCGGCACACGAGUCCGACUAGGCGCGGGCGCCUAUGCCCAAAGAUAUCUCCCCGGGCUGUCGUUGCAAAAGGAGGGGUUGAAUGGGGCGAUGGUCGGGCUGUGGAGGACUCUGCCCUGACAAACUGGCUGCUACCCCAGGUCAUCCAAGCCUGUCGCGAGAGAAGCGUUACCGAGCUAUAUAAAGUCAGGGUGAAGCCAAGGAUAUGGUCCUAGUAAGCAAGCCACCCCUGACUCGGCCAUUUCGCAUCAGCAUCGACGCUGUGCUUCGUCAACACGAAUAGCGGCACCGCUGUCAUCAAAUAGGCAUCUAGAUAAACAGCACUGUCGGAUGUGCAGCUUUUUACUAUAACAUGCCGGCGAUCACCAGACUCAGCGGCUUCAAUGUCGCUAACCAUUUAGAAAAACGGCGGCUCCUCUUUGCCAUAAACUCGGUCGCUGCCCUGUCCAUCUUCUUUUUUGGCUACGACCAAGGGAUGAUGGGCGGGGUCAACAAUGCAAAGAAUUAUAUCGAUCUGAUGGGUUUUGGCUAUGUCGACCCAGAAACGAAGGAGCCAGUCAUUACAGACAGCCUGCUCCAGGGUGGCAUCGUCUCCGUCUACUAUCUGGGGACCCUGUUCGGCUGCCUUCUCGGUGGGUGGGUGGGCGACAAGGUCGGCCGAAUUAAAACCAUUGCUCUUGGGUCCGUCUGGGCCAUUCUUGGCGCUUGCCUGCAGUGUUCGGCCAUGAACGCCAGCUGGAUGAUUUGCUCACGCGCUGUCAAUGGCAUCGGCACGGGAAUUCUCAACGCCAUUGUGCCGGUAUGGGCAACCGAGACGGCCGAACAUACGUCGCGCGGCCAGUUUAUCGCUAUCGAGUUUACUCUCAACAUCUUCGGUGUCGUGGUCGCCUACUGGCUGGAAUUUGGGCUUUCAUUCAUCGACAAUGGCGAGUCGGCGUUUCGCUGGCGGUUUCCCAUCGCCUUCCAGCUUAUACCGCUCAUCAUACUUCUUUCCAUCGUCUGGUUCUUUCCCGAGUCGCCCCGAUGGCUCGCCAAGGUGGAACGCGAUGACGAGGCCAAGUUCAUCCUACGGCAGUUGCGCGGCACGAACGAGGAAGGAACGCGGAGGGCCGAGGCCGAGUACCACGACAUCAAGAACGUGGUCGCGCUCGAGGCGCAGGAGUCGACGCGCAACUCGUACGUGCACAUGCUCUUCGGUAUCGGGUCUGGCGAGCUUCACACGGGACGGCGUGUCCAGCUAGUCAUAUGGCUACAGAUCAUGCAAGAAUGGGUGGGAAUCGCUGGCGUGACGGUGUACGCACCCACCAUAUUUCGCAUCGCUGGGUUCGACACGGAAAAGUCACAGUGGAUCUCGGGGCUGAACAACAUCUUCUACAUGUUCGCCACGCUCGUGUGCGUCUUCACUCUGGACCGCAUUGGUCGCCGAUGGACGUUGUACUGGGGCGCGGUAGGGCAAGGCGCCGCCAUGUUCCUUGCCGGGGCCUUUUCCCGGCUGGGCAUCGACGCGCGGGCGGGGGGCGACAGUGUCAAGGCCGACCAAUACGGAGCGGCAGCGGCGUCAUUCGUCUUCAUCUUCACGUCGGUGUUUGGCGCCACUUGGCUGACGGUGCCGUGGCUGUACCCAGCAGAGAUCUUCCCGCUGCAGGUGCGAGCCAAGGGGAACGCUUGGGGCGUGGUCGGGUGGAGCAUCGGCAACGGGUGGCUGACGCUGCUGUGCCCCGUCAUGUUCAAGGCCAUUGGCGAGAACACACUGCACAUUUUCGGGGCCUGCAACUUCAUCGCCCUGCCCAUCGUGUGGGCGCUCUACCCCGAGAGCAACCAACGCACGCUCGAGGAGAUGGACCUGCUGUUCGCGGCGCCAACGCCGUGGGUCUGGGAUGCGGAGCGCACUUUUGCGCGCCUGCAGGAGGAGCGGCCGGGCCUGGUCGUUGGCGGCGGUGCCAGGCAGGAUCGGAGGAAGGCGGUUGACGUAGAGGUCUCGGCGGAGCACGGUGAUGCUGCGCUGUUGGCAGAUCCCUCGAUCUGACCGCCAUUCGGAACGCGGCUCCGCGACUGGGCGGCUGCUGGGCAAGCUGGGGUCGUGAUGACAUGCACUCGCCUAAUGGAGCCAGCGAAGGGAAUGUCGUGGGGCUAACAGACUCCUUCGGCUCCUUUGACUGGGCUGAGCCACGGAUGUCUCGGCCUGCAAGCGUCGGAAUGGAGCAAACCCCAGCUUGGCUGCCAAGGACCCCCCCAUUUUGUCUGACAGCUGGGCAGACGUUGGCGUCACGGUGUUGGCUUGUCAUGAGCUGAGACCAAUUUGCAAUGGAUGGCCUCAGCUGGGCUUCCCUUGGCAGUCGUAGAUGUGGCGACAUUGGUCCUGAUGGACACUUGUAUUAAAUGACAGCCGUCUGCCCGCAUCCAGAGGUGGUUUACUGUUGCUCACUCAGGCACCUCAUCCCACCACCGAAAAUACAAUACAGAG